UUGUCAUUGUGUCAUCGUCAUUUCAUUUUGUAUUACAAACUUACAAAAUGAGAAGAAAGUGUUUCAAGAAAAGCAUCACCAAAAAUGAAAUUGCUGAGGUGUUUUGUGUCAUUCUUCUCAACUUUGUGAUCUCAGUUCACAGCGAUUCAAGGGUUUCCUGCAAAGAAAUGCCGUCAUGUAAAUUUAACUGUAGUAAUAUUCCCAAUCACGAAGAUAUUUACGUUGACUUAUCAGCAUUAGUGAAAAUGGAACAUAGUCCUCUGUAUAAAGAUAUUCCUGAUGCUGAUGCAAGAAAAUCAAACAUAUUGUAUGACUGGAGUCCAUGUACAAAAUUUGGAAAGACAACAUUUACUUGUUUUAAUGUCUUCGCAUGUCAAAAAAUUGGUUCUCCUCCAUCCAGUUAUCAUAGUCUUGGCUCAAAACUUUCUGCUUUUUAUUCAACUGACAGCAAACAUUUUAUUUUACAAUACAAGUCAGAUUUAGGCAGAGUACUUACGGUGACGCUGAAGUACAAGAAUGUUGAUGUCAAACCUAAACAUGUUGAAGAAAAGGGUAAAGAAUAUACAAUGAUAUUUUACACAAAAUAUGCCCCAAGAAUUCAAUAUAAGGACGAUGGCCAUGGUGGUAUUAGUGUUGGAACAAUAUUAUGUAUCAUAUUUCUGGUGGUCAUUUUGUUGUACUUGGUUAUUGGAAUUGCAUGGACACAUAAACAAGGAGCUCAUGGCAAAGAAAGAAUUCCAAAUUAUGAAUUUUGGAGAGAGAUCCCUGGAUUAAUACAGGAUGGGAGUGUGUUUUCAGUGAAAAAAACGAAAGAAUGUUUUUUGAAAUGUUUAAGGAAAGACAAAGGUUAUGAAACAUUGUAACAUAUCAACAUUUCCAGGUGAUUUUGCUGUAAAAAAAUGUUUUAAUUUCUUUUAAAUACGUCGUUACUCGCUUCAAUUCUGACUUGUGGAUAGCGAUAUUCGUCCCCGAACACGACGGUCAUCGCGGACAUCAUUUUUUGCUUUUUAUUAUGUUUAUACAAAUAUUUUCUUUAAAUGUGGAUCUGGUGA